AUGGUCUCAACACUAGAUGACUCAUUUGACUAUCUUUUUAAAAUAGUCCUUAUUGGAGAUAUGGGGGUUGGUAAAACAUGUGUUGUACAACGUUUUAAAAGUGGAACAUUUAUUGAACAACAAGGGACAACAAUUGGUGUAGAUUUUACAAUGAAAACAAUGAUAGUUGAUGGUAAAAAAAUUAAAUUACAAAUAUGGGAUACUGGUGGACAAGAAAGAUUUAGAACAAUUACUCAAAGUUAUUACCGCAGUGCAAAUGGUAUAAUAUUAUGCUAUGACAUGACAUGCAAACAAAGUUAUGAAUCUUUACAAAGAUGGAUAGAUGAUGUUGUUAAAUAUGCUGUCCCAAAUGUAUCAAAGAUUUUAAUAGCAACUAAAGCAGACAAGGAGAAUGAGCGCGUUGUUGGAUAUGAUGAAGGACUACACUUAUCAUCAACUCAUAGUAUGUGUGGAUUUUUUGAAGUUUCAUCAAAAAAUAAUAUCAAUAUUGAACAAAUGUUUUACAAAAUGGCUGUUAGAUUAAAAAAACAAUAUGAAAGUGGUCUUUUAUUGGAUGAAUCAGGAAAUUCAUUUUCAAUCAAAUCAAAUGAAACAUCUGCUUUACCAAACACAUUUAAUAAUUGCUGCAAAUUUUAA